AUGCGCCGCUUCCGAGUUCCUGCAAACAGAGCGACCGAGAGAGACGGGGUCAGCGACGCAGAGAGGCUCAUCGCCCCACCUGGGCCCAGUCUGUCCUGGGGCCCUCCUCGUCGUCCCCGAGCCUGCCCCCGGAGCCGGCUGCGCUCGCGGGGUCCGGGGCGGGAGAGGGCCGAGGAGAUCAACACCAAGGAAGUGGCGCAGCGCAUCACCGCCGAGCUGAAGCGCUACAGCAUCCCGCAGGCCAUCUUUGCACAGCGCAUCCUCUGCCGAUCGCAGGGCACGCUCUCCGACCUGCUGCGCAACCCCAAGCCCUGGAGCAAGCUCAAGUCGGGCCGCGAGACCUUCCGCAGGAUGUGGAAGUGGCUGCAGGAGCCCGAGUUCCAGCGCAUGUCGGCGCUGCGCCUAGCAGCCUGCAAGCGCAAGGAGCAGGAGCAGCAGAAGGAGCGCGCGCUGCAGCCCAAGAAGCAGCGCCUGGUGUUCACCGACCUGCAGCGGCGCACACUGAUCGCCAUCUUCAAGGAGAAUAAGCGGCCGUCCAAGGAGAUGCAGGUCACCAUUUCGCAGCAGCUCGGGCUGGAGCUCAACACCGUCAGCAACUUCUUCAUGAACGCGCGGCGCCGCUGCAUGAACCGCUGGGCCGAGGAGCCCGGCACCGCCCCCGGGGGCCCGGCCGGUGCCACUGCCACCUUCUCCAAAGCCUGA